GUCGUUCAUUUUCGCGCACUUUAGAGUUUCGACAAUUCCAACCGUUGUUGAACGCAUCUCCUGACUGGUUAUCAGCAUGGAAAGAAAAGUACUAGCGAUGCAAGCCAGGAAGAAGAGGACAAAGCCCAGGAAACCUGGCAAAAAACCAGAGCCUCAUGGCCGUGGAGGCGGCUCUCAGCCGGGCCAGGCAGACUCUCCGCUCCCAGAGCAGGACGAGGAGAUCCUAGGCUCUGAUGAUGAUGAGCAGGAGGACCCCAACGACUACUGCAGGGGUGGAUAUCACCAUGUGAAGAUUGGAGAUCUGUUCAACGGGAGAUACCAUGUGAUCCGUAAGCUGGGCUGGGGGCACUUCUCCACUGUGUGGCUGGCCUGGGACAUCCAGGAGAAGCGCUUUGUGGCCAUGAAGGUUGUAAAAAGUGCUGAACAUUACACAGAGACAGCUCUGGAUGAGAUUAAGCUGCUCAAAUCUGUGAGAAAUACGGAUCCCAGUGACCCCAACAGAGAGAAAGUGGUGCAGCUUCUAGAUGACUUCAAAAUUUCUGGCAUGAAUGGGACUCAUGUGUGCAUGGUAUUUGAGGUGCUGGGUUAUCACCUAUUGAAGUGGAUCAUCAAGUCCAAUUAUCAAGGCCUGCCGCUUCCCUGUGUUAAAAGCAUCAUACGACAGGUCCUGCAGGGUUUAGACUACCUACACACGAAGUGUAAGAUCAUCCACACAGACAUCAAACCAGAGAACAUUUUGCUGACUGUCAACGAGUCCUACAUCAAGAAAAUGGCUGCAGAAGCUACGCAGUGGCAGAAGACUGGCACUGCACCUCCCUCGGGUUCUGCAGUGAGUACCGCUCCAGCACCCAAACCAAUGGCCAAAAUGUCCAAAAACAAAAAGAAAAAGAUGAAGAAGAAGCAAAGGAAGCAGGCAGAGCUGCUGGAGAAGAGAAUCCAGGAGAUGGAGGGAGGAGCAACACCUGAAGGAGGAGAAGAGGAGGAUGAUGAGGAGACGACGACGACGACAACAACUGAGACCACCGAAGAUACGACUUCCUUAGCCACCCUCUCUAUGUCUGCCACGCUGCAAGACAUUGCUAGCCAUACUAUCACGGACACAACUCCUGAUGAGCAGCCCCAGCAGACGCCAGAGGCAAACGAACGGAGAGGGGAUGCGGCCGAGGGAGAGAACAGGAUGGAGGUGAACUGCAACGGCCACGCCUCCACACCGGAGAGCGACACCACCGUAGAGGUACAAGGGACCAAGCAGUCGACGGAGGAGCAGGAAGACCAACAGAACGCAAACCAGCCACAAAGUAACACGCAGACCGAGGACACGUUAAGUAACAAGGAAGAGCAACAGACAUGUAAUGGUUCACCCCGGGACCCCGACACACAGCAGCUCCCUGCCUCUCUAAAGGAGGGAGGUGAGGAGAAAGAGGGGAAGAAGGAGGAUGAAAUGGACACUCGAGGGGAGACCAAAAAAGAGGAUGAUGAGGAAGACAGCCAGAAUGGAGCAUCAGGCAAUAUGUUAGUAAACCCCCUGGAGCCUAUUAACGCUGACAAGCUGCAGGUUAAGAUUGCUGACUUAGGCAACGCCUGCUGGGUGCACAAACAUUUCACAGAUGACAUCCAGACGCGGCAGUACCGUUCUCUUGAAGUGCUGACAGGAGCCGGCUACAGUACACCAGCAGACAUCUGGAGCACAGCCUGCAUGGCCUUCGAGCUUGCUACUGGAGACUAUCUUUUUGAACCCCAUUCUGGAGAAGACUACUCCAGAGAUGAAGAUCACAUCGCGCUGAUCAUAGAGCUGCUAGGUAAAGUUCCUCGGAAGCUGAUCAUGGCAGGCAAAUACUCCAAGGAGUUUUUCACCAAGAAAGGCGACCUGCGUCACAUUACCAAGCUGAAGCCGUGGGGGCUACUUGAGGUGUUGGUAGAAAAGUAUGAGUGGUCCAAAGACGAGGCACACACCUUCAGCAGCUUCCUGCUGCCCAUGCUGGACCUGGUGCCUGAAAGGAGGGCCACGGCAGCCCAGUGCCUCUCCCAUCCAUGGCUCACAUCCUAGAGGUCAUCUGUGCACACCUGUUCCACCCUCUUAUUGUGAAAGUAUAAAUUAGGUUUGAAGAUCCUGGGCUUGAAAACACACAGCAAACAAACAAAUUCAUGUCUGUAAGACCCUGCGACUGCAUUGUGCCUGCAUCCUCUUGUCAUGGCUCUCAGAAGCUACCCACACACACUUCCAUGAAUCCGAUAAAAAGAGAGACUGCUGCAGAGUCUUUUUCCUGAUUUGGAAUACAAUGGUGAUAGAAGGAACUCUUGGUCUUCUCUCUAUAUUUAUGACUUUUUUUUACUGGAUGCACAGGACUUGUUGACCUUGUUCUCUCUUGUUUUUCUGACUCCAGCUCUUUCUCUGCAGCACAUAACUGUAUUUUUAGCUAUAGAUGAUCGUCUACAAAUGCAGAAGAAGGCAGGAUGUUAACAGAAACAUAAAGAUUGCCAUCAAAACCACAUACUGUUUCGGUCAUUUAUAAGCCAAAUCUGUCUCUGUUUGCCGGUCAUCACGUUAGCUGUGCCAGCUUUCAAGCUUUUGGCUGUUUAAAAUAUGUGCAAAGUGCUCAGAAUUAAUAACUGCGGAAUGCUAACAGGCACAAUGAGAGACUAACGUUCUUAGCAGUGUUAGCUUUAUGUUUAAAAAAAACCUUUUGUACAUUUCUAUACAGGCAGAACAACAUUAUUAGAAAGCAUAGAUUUCCUACAUUUUAAAAUUGUGCACCAGGUCUGGCGAGAGACUCCUCUGAAAUCAAACUCUAUUUUUCAGGAACCUGUGAUCUCAGAUUAUUGUUAGUGUCAGCGUGAUCUUAAAUUGUCUCAGAAGCACUCGGAAUCAUAUAAUGUGAAAAGUUUCAUACCUGGAUCACUUUUUGCCUGUUUCUCCCACAUUAACAGUCAAUUUAAACUGUGUAUCCAUGUCCAGAGUACAGUACAAUGUACCAAAGAGAUGGCCUUUAGUCUCUCCCUCUCUGCAGAUAAAGCUGUGCACAGUUCAUAGAAGAGACUGUCAGCAGUGUAGAUUGAAGGCACAAGCUUAAAGUUUGAGCUCUUUUGCUUUUUACACUUUUGGAAGUGCUUCGAAGAACGUUCAGGUGAUUUCCAGUUGUACGAAAAUUUUAAGCGCACUGCACAUGGAGGUGUUGGAUUAGAAGAUAACAGAUUGUACUAAAAACAAAUGCUGUAAUAACGCUUUGAAUCUCUUUAAAACCAUUUUGCUCGUUUUUCUACAAAGUUUCCUGUCUGUGUCUGCCCUCCUAAUUUGAUGAUUUUUUUUCUGUAGGUAAUAAGAAUAAACAUUUUUUUCAAACUCUA